GUCCGUGACGUCAUCCCACGACCGAAGACGGACCUGCGGAAGGGAAAACAAAUCGCUCCGGAGUCGUGUUGUUGAUUUUGUAUGUGUGCGUGUCCGGAGCUCGAAGCAAGGAAAAGUAGUAUCCUUUCUGUACUCUGUUUAGAUCUAUUAUUACAGUGGAGAUCUGCGCAGUAAGCGGCCAUGGAGGCGCAGAGAGGCAGAGAGGACGUCAAGUUGCCCCCCGUGCUGCACAUCGUCGUGGUUGGGUUUCAUCACAAGAAGGGUUGUCAGGUGGAGUUCUCCUACCCCCCCCUGCUGCCGGAUGAGAGCCACGACAGUGGGGGCCUCCCUGAGCAGUGGAGGUACCUGCCGUUCCUCGCCCUGCCAGACGGGGCUCACAACUACCAGGAAGACACGGUGUACUUCCACCUGCCCCCGCUGAGCGCCGAGAUGAAGUGUGUGUACGGAGUGUCCUGCUACCGGCAGAUAGAGGCUAAGGCUCUGAAGGUCCGACUGGCAGAUGUUACCAGGGAGACGGUGCAGAAAAGUGUGUGUGUCCUCAGUAGAGUGCCUCUCUACGGCCUUCUACAGGCCAAGCUUCAGCUCAUCACUCACGCCUACUUUGAGGAGAAAGACUUCUCACAGAUCGAUAUUUUAAAGGAACUGUACGAACACAUGAACGGCUCACUGCGGGGGUCCACUCUGGAAGGGUCACAAGUGUAUUUAGGGUUAUCGCCGAGAGAUUUAAUACUUCACUUUAGACACAAGGUUCUCAUCCUCUUCAAACUGAUCCUGCUCGAGAAGAAGGUCCUGUUCUACGUCUCGCCUGUCAACAGACUCGUGGGGGCACUGAUGACUGUGUUGUCGCUGUUCCCAGGGAUGAUCGAGCACGGCCUGGCGGACUCCUCCCACUACCGGCCCAAGAGCAGCCUGUCAGAGGAGCCUGUCGGCGGGGGGGCGGAGCCCGCCGCCGCCGUGACCACGCCCUCCAUCGACGAGUUCGUCUCCGUCUCCGCCACGGACAUCGCCGAGCUGGUGGGGGAGGAGCCGCCCCCCCCCACGGGGGAGGGGGCGGGGGAGGGGGAGGGGGAGGGGGAGGGGGAGGGGGGGGACAGCCACCUCCUCCAGCCCCCCUCGCGGCCGUCCCCUGACUCGUCGGAGAGCGACUGGGAGACCCUGGACCCCAGCGUGCUGGAGGAGGCGGCGGCGGCGGCGGCGGGCGGCGAGAAGGGGGCGGAGCAUCCGGAGACCUUUGACCCCGAGCCGGGCAUCCCCAUCACGUCGCAGCCCCAGGCGGUGGGGGGGCAGGGCGGGGUCGUCCAGGGGCUGGUGUCCGGGCUGGAGGAGGAUCGCUACGGGCUGCCCCUCCCCGUCUUCACCAAGGGUUACCUGUGUCUGCCCUACAUGGCCCUGCAGCAGCACCACCUCCUGUCCGACGUGACGGUGCGCGGCUUCGUUGCCGGGGCGACCAACAUCCUGUUCCGCCAGCAGAGGCACCUGAGCGACGCCAUCGUCGACGUGGAGGAGGCCCGCAUCCAGAUCCAGGACCCGGAGCUGCGCCGUCUGCUGGCGCUGACCACGGCCGACCUGCGCUUCGCCGACUACCUGCUGAAGCACGUGACGGAGAACCGCGAGGACGUGUUCCUGGACGGGACGGGCUGGGAGGGCGGAGACGAGUGGAUCCGGGCGCAGUUCACCCUCUACCUCCACACGCUGCUGUCCUCCACCCUGCACCAAGACAGCGAGAGGCUUCUGGCGGACUACGGCGCCCCCUUCACCGCGGCAUGGAAGAUCACGCACAACUACCGCGUGUGGCAGAGCAACCGACACCAGGCCAUGACGGAGAUCACGCCAGGGCACCCUUUCCAGGGACAGUACAGUGUUGCAGAUGUGAAGCUCAGACUGUCUCAUUCGGUCCAGAACAGCGAGCGGGGGAAGAAGAUCGGGAAUGCCAUGAUGAGCACCAGCCGGAACGUGGUGCAGACGGGCAAGGCCGUUGGUCAGUCGGUGGGCGGCGCUCUGACCAGCGCCAAGUCGGCGAUGUCCUCCUGGUUCUCCACCCUGGCCACCCCGCCCGUUGCCGUGGUGAUGCCGUCCCCCGAGGAAGGGCACCACCAUGAGGAGCAGUGAGACUGUCCCUCCUCCUCCCCUCUCUCCUCCUCCUCCUUCCUCCUUCCUCCACCUGCUGCUGUGAGCCCGCUCUCCCCAGCGGGGGGGCGGCGAUGUCCGGGUCUCUACAGGACACUCUAACCCUAACCCACGACCCGGCUCUGUGAAGGACACGACCUAUAGAAGGACAGCUGGUUGAAACCCCCAUAGAGGGGAACCCCCAGACACACACUUACACCUACACACACAGUGCUCUCAUGAGUAAGGGGGGGUGACAGCAGACGUCGAUGCUGUAGGCUUCUGACCUGAUGGUCACUGAUCCUCGUCGCUGACGCCCGUCCAAGUCCUGUAAACGCGAUCUGAAGCUCGUCGCUAUGAGCAGCGUGUUUGGUCAAUGCUUACAUCUCCGUCAGGUCGGGUUCGAUUCUGUUUGGGCCGGAGCUCCCUGCAGUUGAAGGGCACGUCGCUAGGGUCCUUGUGGUUAAACGCGAGCUGGUCCUGGUCGUCUCCUUCCUCUGUUGUCGUAUGAUUUCAAACCUCGUCAACGUUAAACUGUCCUUCUGCCUCUUUCUCGGGAGAGGGGGGUCUUGAGAUAACUCGACUUGUCUACUAAACAGAUUUUGUGACGGGUUCGACGGGGUCUACUGUUGGGGUCUCGAGACCAACAAAGGGAAACACUGUCACCACUAACCGCCGAGUUUGACGGCGUUGCGGCCUGCAUUCCGGGAACAAGAUAUUCCCUUCGUGUAUUUUUUGCGUUCUUAUUUUUGGUUCUUUUCCACCUGAUCAAUUAUGAAAGCACCCGACCAGAUAACGACCGGCCGUUAGUCCCUGCACAUGUUUCUUUCAGAUCAAGAACACACCCCCCCCCCCCCCCCUAUCUCCUGAGAUGCACCUCCUUCAAUUUCGUAUCCAAGGUGAUUCAAACCCCCCCCCCCCCCGCAUCCCCAUGCUACUUAUAGCAUUAGCUGGUAGUGAAUAUUUAAAUCGAUAUACAUGCAUCAUUUAUUGUAACGCGAAGGGGUACUGAGUGGAAGGCUAAGGGGUAGAAGUGGCGGGGAACGGGGGAUAAAACGUAUUUAUUUGUUGGUCAUCAUGCUGGCUGUCCCCCUCCGACGUGGUCGACGCUGGAACUGUCCGUUGACCUCAUGGUGCUCCUGCCAGUGUUGCCAGAUUGGGCCCGAUUUACCUCCCAAUCUGGCAACCCUGGCUGCAGUUUACUGCAGGGGUUGCCAGAUUGGGCGGGAAUACCGAUUGGCAUAAAUUCGGCAACACUGCAUCCAGCUCUAUGGUCUUUGGUUUGAGGGAUUAUUUUGGGGUCGUUCUCUUUUCUGAAGAGUUGCAUGCUGCCCUGUCCAUUUCGUUUUUUUACGGUUGAAUUGAGUGCUCGUUUUAGGUUGGUUUCGUCGUCAACCGAUUUCUUUUCUGAUUUACUUUUAUACUUUUGUUUUUACCCAUGUGUUCAACAUCUGACGAUGGUCUUCCCUAAUGAGAAAAAACGAGUUAAUCUAUUUACGUUUUUUAUUAAUGUUCUGCAGAUAUAUUUCUAAAUGUGUAUUUAAAAAAAUGAAUGUAUUGUAAAAUUGUGACAUUAUAUUCACAGAAUAUUUUCGUGACUGACCCUUUUAAAGUAUUUGGGAACUAUGCGAUAUACACUAUAUUGUUGCAUUAAAAAAAAAAAUUAAACCAGAGCAAUUUGGUCGUUUGUUUCUCAUCGGUAUGUGAACGUAUCUCAGCCAAUCAAGGGAAGCUUUGUGUGUGUAUGGGAGAGUUGAAACGUCAGGACUAAAGCAAACAACUACACUGAAUGAGACCGACUGACCGGCCCCGAUAUGGCAGUUCUGUGGCUCCUCAAACCCUGCCUGACCCGCCAUAGGGAGGACAGCUUUCUGUAGGCCUUGACUGACACCAUAUUCACACUGCUCUUGUUCAUUUGAAACAAUGCCAACCCAACCCCUUUACAUUAUUUAUAAUAAGUAUAAACUCCAAGCAUCGUUUACAAAAAUACAAUUUGACAUGCAUGGCUUGGGGCUUAAUUAAAUGAACAAUUUCAGCUCUCAAACAAGGCCCUUGAAACGGGCUGUUUAUGAACAAGAAAGUAACAUAGCAUUGGAUAAAACACUCGACUACACACUGUCGAAUUGUUUAUAGUGAGCGGUAGCACAUAACAAAUUAGGGCGGCUCGAUUAUGGGAAAAAUCAUAAUCACGAUUAGUGGUCACUAUUGAAAACACGAUUAUUCAAACGAUUAUUU